ACCCGGAAACACAAGUGCAAUCUUUUUAAUAUCUAAGUGAAAGAAGUUCAGUCUCUUUCUCCAGCCAUCUUGGAUUUGACGAACUGAAGCAGAAUGCCUGGUGAAGCCACAGAAACCGUUCCUGCCACGGAGCAAGAAAUGCAGCAGCCUCAAGCUGAAACAGCAGAAGAAUACAGUGAUGUCAGCAUUUCUGCCUCUGGGGGAGAAAGCACUGCUUCAAGCGAAUUGGCUGCAGGUACUGACUCAACAGAAUCUGCCAUUUCUGGACUGGCACGUGAAGCUUCCCAAACUGGGGCCAUCACUGAGAAUACACUGCCUCAAGCUGUUCAGGAGCUUUCAGCUGGGGCCGGUGCUCCUGCCUCAGAAGCUCCUGCUGUGCCUGGUGCAGUCCAAGCACCUGCAUCCCCCGUUUCUCCUGAGAAGUCUGUUCAAACUGCAGCUACCAUUGAAACCUGUUCUGAGCAUGAAUCAGUUUCUUCAGCCAAAUCUACAACACCUGUCACUGAUUUUCCAUCAUCUUUCACUCUUCCAUCUGCCUCUGUUCAACACUCUACCCCAUCACCUGGAUCAUCUUCAGCUGCUCAAAUUGAUGAUGAUGAGAUGCCACCAUUGAUUUCUGCCAUCGACGAGACUCCCCUCUGUGAAGGUCCUCCCCCAUCUGUUAUUGAGAAGGCAAUUCCCAAGACUGCUUCAACUGGAAAGGAGCCUGUGGUGAAGCAGAAUAAUGAGGGGUCUGGGACAGAGUCGGACAGCGAUGAGUCGGUACCAGAACUGGAGGAACAGGAUACAACGCAGUCAGCGACACAGCAAGCUCAGCUUGCAGCUGCAGCUGAAAUAGAUGAAGAACCAGUCAGUAAAGCAAAACAGAGCAGAAGUGAAAAGAAAGCACGGAAAGCAAUGUCAAAACUAGGGCUUCGCCAGGUUACUGGAGUAACCAGAGUCACGAUAAGAAAAUCUAAAAACAUUUUGUUUGUCAUCACAAAACCAGAUGUCUACAAGAGCCCGGCAUCAGAUACCUAUAUUGUUUUUGGCGAAGCGAAGAUUGAAGAUUUAUCUCAGCAAGCUCAAUUGGCUGCUGCAGAGAAAUUCAAGGUACAGGGAGAAUCUGUUGCCAAUAUCCAAGAAAACACACAGACUCCAACUGUACAAGAGGAAAGUGAAGAGGAAGAGGUUGAUGAGACUGGUGUGGAGGUUAAGGACAUAGAACUAGUUAUGUCCCAAGCCAACGUGUCGAGGGCCAAGGCUGUCCGAGCAUUGAAAAAUAACAACAAUGAUAUUGUAAAUGCUAUUAUGGAAUUGACGAUGUAAGCGUCAGAAAAUGCAGGAGUGGGUAACAGUCCCUUUUUGGUGCAGCUUCAGUACAUUUGUACCAUUUAUAUAGAUAAAUCUCAAAUAAAUGUGGCUUGAAAUAGUUAAAUUCA